AUGCACUGCGUGGUGUUAGAGGUGCUGGCGGUGGUGCUGACUGCAAAGAGUGGACAAACUCUGAGUUUGAAGAAUCCUGGAAAUACACCAUCACCAGGACCCCGUGGACUGGAUUUAGAUGGGAAGAUGUUCAAUCUCUCUUCAGGGGGAGUAUGUUUCUAUCCCCCCUCUUUUUCUCCUACCUCUCCCCCUUCGUGUUCCACUCCUCCCGACCCAACUCAUGAAUACACCCAACAUCCCACCACCAACACCAACCUUCAUACUUCAGCUAAAGGUGUAUCCGUGUGUGUGCGUUACCUUGUCAAAGAUGAACCCAAAACAAUCAACCUAACAAUCUUCACGCUGAGUCCAUCCGGAAGCCCUCUGAAACUUGAAUACAGUGCCCCUGGUCGUUAUACUCUGCAUAUUGGUGGACCAAAUACCUGGGGUUCUGCCAACCUGCUUAUCAAACCUUACAUAAGUUGCUUGUCUUACGUUCGACCGGACAUCUGGACCAGACUGUGUCUCACCAUGGACACUGUGAAGAACGUGGCCUGGGUUUCUAGCGGCUCGAAAAUUAGUUUCAGGAAGAAUCUGCCUAAUCGGUAUGUGUGGUCAGGUGAGCCUGUGAUAGAUUUCCCAGGUUUUGAUGGUCAGGUGACCGACGUCCAGAUAUGGAACUAUCCUAUCGGCUACAAAGAAACGUACAACUACAUGACCGGCGUCUUUGGGCCAAAUCGUGGCUCCGUCCUCACCUGGUCCUCCAUCAGUUUCUUCUCUCCCAGAGGAAACGUUCCAAUGGAGGACGUCUAUAAGCAGCAGAAAAAACAUCCAACCCGCAGCGCUCGGAAAAGAAGCAAGCCAAAGACAAAGAAGGCGGCCAGAGAGUGUUCUGACUUUAUGGGAAAGAUGUAGCUUGUAGGGGUGUUGGUUAACUCAGUUGGUGGAGCAUCAGCCAAAGUCAUACAAACCCUCAGUCCUUGCCGCAGUGGUCCAGGGUUCGAAUUCGACCUGUGGCCAUUUGCUGCAUGUCAUUCCCCAUCUCUCUCUCUCCUCCCACAUUCCUGUCACUCUUCAGCUGUCUCUACACAAUAAAGCUUUAUUAUAUAUAUAAUAAUAAUAAAAAGAUUUAGCUUGUAGAAAUAUGUUAAUUCUUCAAAUAUAACCACCGUUAAUGAAACAAUGUAGAAAAUAAGAAGUAGAGGGAUAUAUGAAGUUUAAAGUCUGAGUGAUGUACUAUACUCUGUAUCAGCACUUAGGGAACGACGCAAGAGAAUUACUUUGUCCAGACACUGCAUCCACCUACUUGAACAUCCUCAUACAGACAUACGUUACAUACAUAAAUUAUUAUUAUUUAUUUCUUUAUUUAUUUUCCUCGCCUGUCUUUGUGUUCCCCUUGUAUUUUUGUUUACACCCUGUAGCUUAAACACUUAUUUACUCAUUACAUACAAGAAUCCUUAGUUAUUAUAAAGGAGGCAGACUGUAUGUCUUCAUCCAUCAUGAUGCACAGUAUUUCUAUUGUAUCGGUAUGAUUACAUUUUUCGAAUGUGAUGCGGAUGUGAUGUGAUACUCACACUGGUUCCUGUUCUCUUGUGCCUUACCUCCUGAUAAAAAUAUUUUUAAAAAGAGAGGACCUCCUCUGCAAGCUCUACCAAACUGGACUUGAUAAAUCUAAACAGCUGCCACGGUACUUAUUUUUGCAGUAACAUGUCCUUGUUGUACUGUAACUUAAUUGUUUCUCUAAUUUGCAGUUACGUUCAGUCAUCUGUACCUUAUUGAAACAUUGUUUAUACGACUACAAGCUCAGCAGUAGCUCAGCUUCAUUGUGAAACACGCUGGAAAGCACAAUUUUGAAGUACUUGUACUUUACUUGAACUCUAUUCUGUUACAUCUCAUAAAAACCUAUUGCACUUUUUACACCACUAUAGUAACUUUUGAUAUUCAGAUUAAUACAAAAUAUGAUCAAGUAAAUUAUGCUGUAUUGUUAUAGGUUAAGAUAGGGAGGAAACUCAUUCUGCAAUCAUUCUAAUACAAUACAAUGUAUGUUGUUUUGUUAUAUUGGGCCAUCCUGCAAUAUGAAUACUUACUUUGGAGCUUUGAGUAUAGUAUAUUAUUUAACCUUGUGUCAUACUUGUGUAUACAAGCUGAUUUGUGGAGCUCAGUCAAGUAGUGCUACAUUAAAAUCAUUUAACGGCAAACUGACUGUGUGUGUGUGAUAUUUUCAGGGUUAGUAAGGAGAGAUGCUAAAACUCUUCAUCCCCAUAGUGUCUGUCAGCAAACAAAAUGUCAACAACACUGUAAUUAGUCAAAGAAAGGUGAACGAACAAUACAUUGAGUAUUUUUUUAUAUUUCUGUAUUUAGUAAGACAUCUGUUGUAAUAGCAAAAUAAUUAUUGUACAUCAUAUCUGGGUCACCAUUUUACUUUACACCAUUAUGUACAAAAUUCAUCGUUCUCUACAGAGUGGAAUACGAGAAUAGCCCUCCAUAAAAAAAAAAAAAAAAAUCAAAGUUGUUAAAAUAAGUUUUUUUUUUUUACAAAUAUAAAAACUUACAUGGUUGCCCAACAACCAGAUGUCACAGAUUUCUUUCCAACCAGCACAUUUGUUAUUGUUAUUUUUCUUUUACAAUUAUCUGCUUGACAAAACAAAAAGGCAAAUUUCAAACCAUUUAUCAAACAUGAGUUACAUGAUGGCUUAAAGGAAAUAUGACCCAAAAGAAAAAAAAAACAAUCCAAAAAUUUUACAACAGGUCCAACAAAGUGAUAUUUUUGAAAAAUGCAAACGUCAAAUAUUCGUAUGAGCAGUUAUGUAAAAAAGAAAUCAAAAUGUUGUGCUUGUAAGUCUGAAAAUACAAAUUAAACUAUUAAAGUAAAUGACGUGUUAAGAUGUUAUUGCUGUCAUUACACAAUAUUUGGUUUUGUUAAUUACAUUUUUUUUUUUAAAUUGUUAGGUUUUACAGGAAUGUUCAUGAAUUCACAUAAAUCAAAUCACGCCGUAAGAAGCUUUGAGUUGAAUGAUUUUAAUUUCAAAAAGGGCCAUAUUGAUGAUUUUACAUGUUUCGUCCUUUUAACUGAAACAUUUCUUUCACAUUUAAUUAUUGUUUUUGUUUUCAAUGCUUUCGUAGAUUUUUAGUUUGACUGAUACGCUGGAUGAACUGAAAAAAAUCAGUCAAAUAAUGUCAAAUCUGAAGUGGCUUAAUGUGAAUUAAGUAUGAUCUGUAGGUAUUGGGCUAAAACAUGCUGUGACAUGAAGAUCCAGCAGUGAUUAUUAUCCAUUUAUUUACAUUUUUAGAUGGGAGUUGUGUUUCUUUUAUUUUACAGUACUGAUUCCCGUAAAGCACCAGCAUCGCUUUAACACAACAUUAUGAAAUAUCUGUUAAAAUGAUGCUUAGCUGUAAGGUUGUUAUUUUUUUUAAAUGUUCUUAGAAAUGCACACAAACCAAGCUUGGAGUUUAUUAAUCGCUGCAAGACCGUCCGGCCACCAGUCAUCUUACGGACCUGUGUAACGAGCAUAACGUACGUAACGCGCGUGAGUUUUGUGCUUUUACUUCUUUGCAGUAAUUCAGUGCAGGUGUGUGAAAGCGGGAAUUCGUCUCUGCCUUCACACCACUCGACAAACUUAUGACUUAAAUAUGGAAGCAGGUUUCUGUCGGAAAA